GACAGUCGCUCUCUCGGGGUCACCUCCGCGCUGCGCUGGGAAUCUCUAACGGACUGCGAGACGGGUUGAGUAAACACAGCGUGCAGAACAGGAGUAACUUCUCAUUUGUGCAGAGUGACUCGUUUUGUUCUGUUUGGUUUUAAUUAAUUGAACAGUUUGAUUACAUCUCGUCAUCUUUCAAUGGAUAAACAGCGUCAGAAUGCCUGAUGCAUAUACUUCAAAAGCCUGACGCCAGUGUAAAGAAAGUAAUCAGGAUUUUGUGUCCUCGGUUUUUGCAACAGACCAUGGCACGUUAGUGUGUUUUGCUCGGACUAUGAUUUUCUAACUAAGUCCUCCUGUGGAACGUGGUACGGAUAUUUUUGUGUGUGCAGCGAACGACCGUUUGUCAGAAUGAGCGUGCAGUGGAACGUCCCUGUGCCUUGCAUCCGCACGGGUAGGUCGUGGCACAAGCGCGUGGACUCAGACGAGCCGGUAUUGAAAUGCGCCCGGCUAAGCGAGUCCUCAAGUGACGCGGGGCUUCUCGGCAGCUCUCCAGGAUCUCCCGUGAAUUUGGGUCCCUUGACAGGCACUGCAGCCCACCAGGGUCCCUCCCGGAUCUGUCAGUUCCUGCUGCUACCUUUAGCGGACCGGUCAGGGGUGCAUAGCGCACUUAACAUUGAGACGGGAGAGGAGCUCGUUUGUAAGGUGUUUGACAUGGGUAUCUAUCAGGAGAAGUUGCGGGUCUACGACCUGCUCCCAGCCCACAGGCACGUCGCAGGGAUCCGGGAGGUGAUCCUGGGGGAGAUGAAGGCCUAUGUGUUCCAGGAGAAGGACUACGGGGACAUGCACACCUAUGUGAAGAGCUGCAGGAGGCUACCCGAGGAGCAAGCUGCCAGGCUCUUUCAGCAGGUGGCCUCAGCUGUGGCACAUUGCCACCAGACGGGCAUCGUCCUCGGAGACCUGAAGCUGCGCAAGUUUGUGUUCACAGAUGAGAAGAGGACUCAUGUGAUGUUGGAGGGGCUGGAGGACUGUCGCAUCCUGUCGGGCGACGACGACCUCGUGUCCGACACGCACGGCUGCCCCGCCUACGUCAGCCCCGAGAUCCUCAGCAGCGGUGGGAUCGGCGGCCCGUACUCGGGCCGGCAGGCCGACGCCUGGAGCCUGGGCGUGAUGCUCUACACCAUGCUGGUGGGCCGCUACCCGUUCCACGACCCGGACCCGGCGGCGCUGUUCUCGCGGAUCCGCCGCGGCCAGUACUGCCUGCCCGAGGGCCUGUCCAUGAAAGCCAGGUGCCUGCUGCGCAGCCUGCUGAGGAGGGACCCUGCCGAGAGGCUGACCGCCGCCGAGGUGCUCAUCCACCCGUGGCUGCGGCCGGGCGCCGACGAGGACGCAGCCAGAGGGGGGGAACAGGAAGUCAGCUCCACGGAUCAGGCAGUGCCCUCAACAGACUCAGAACCAGAGGAUAGCAACCUCUUCCUCUAAUGGACCUGGCAUUGUUGCUGUCAUUGUCGUUUUUCACCCCAAAGACUCAUUGUGUUGGACCAAAAAAUUUUCUGAUUCUGAAGCAUCACUUUGGAACGCUUUUUUUUUUUUAUUGUUGUUGGGUGUUUUUUGUUGUUUUGUUGCGGGUACGUCACUUCACUUGUGCCCUCAUGAGCAAUGUACUGUAGGGUCUGUGGUUGUUUUAAGGGCAUUCAUGCAUGUGUUCAACCAGUGUGUGUGUGUGUGUGUGUGUGUGCGUGGAGAAGAAGUCAUUCGGUGCUAAUGAACUGCUCGCUCUUAGAGCAACACACACACCACACUUUGGGGGUCUGAAGAAAGUGAAGAAUAACUCACCAGUGGGGAGAAAAAAGAAGGAGAGAAAGCUCUAAUGUCAAGCUGCAGGAUUGCUGUGAUGACUCACACACAUCAGGCCAGACCUCAGGAUUCACAACACAUUAGCUAACACACACAGACACAUGCACACAUUUCAGGCCAGAGGCUAUAACUGACUCUCUCUCUCUCUCUCACACACACACCACUUGCUGGGCCAUGUCUCAUUCAGCAUAGAGAAACAGCGGGUGUGGUUCUUUAUGUUUGUGCAUGAGCACUCGUACUGUACGUUGUUCUAUAUCAGGUUCGCCACAUGUUCACCUUAACCUUACACCUCUCUCUCUCCCUCCCCCCCUCUCUCUCUCUCUGUCUCUCUCUCCCUUUCUCUCUUUCACUCUCUCCCGAUCUGUCUCUCACCCUGCAGUGUUAAGUAGGGCUUGAGGAGACAGUGUCGUGCCCUUCACUGACACUUUAGGCACGAGGGACUAUUAGCCAUCCGCUAGCUCAGCUGAUAGCACGCUGCUGACAUCCCCCUCCUACUGUAACACAAGACCCCAUUCAGCGGGACCCUCCUGUGUAGCAUAGCAAUUACACGUGGCAUCACAUCUAUACAUAGUGUUGGUGAUUAGAUGACGAUGGUUUUAGAGUUGUAGUUAUUAUUAGCGAUAACAGAUUGCAAGGACAGAUUGAUGGUGUUGGCGGUUAAAGGCAGGCAGCAUAGAACAUGUUGCCAGGUAUAGCAUAUUAAUGGGAGCAAUAUUUUAGCACAGUGAGAGCAGACCUAGGACAAUCUGCCAGUUACACGGUUCAUGUCGACAGCCAGAGAAGGCUUUUCCUCUCCUGGAGUUGUUGUUGUGUUGUCACAUCCUUCCAUUUAUUGCAUCUCGGCCUUGAACUUUGUGAUUGUGUUUCAAUUAAGUAGGAGAUACAGCCUACAGAUUCAGGUGAGGUGCAAUGUGAGAAGUCUUACGACUCAACACUUUUCAAGAGAGAGAAAGUGAGGGGAGAGAGAGAGACAGACAUCUGGGAAUGGUUUGUGUCUGUGUGUGUGUGUUUUGUACUUUCACUCUUCACAAACCCACCGUUACAGGCCAACUGUGUUAUGAGUUACCAACCAGAAGCUCUCUCUCCCCCUUCCAUUAAGAGCAGUUGCACAUCAGAUGUAAUGAAAAGGUAUUUCCUGUUUGUGUGUUACUUGUUCUCUGAAAAGCCUUUUAGCACAAAAAUGCAUUUUCUCUGACAGGGCGAACAUUGCUAAAAAUGGCAGAUGAUUACAGCUCAUAAAUGAUACUGACAUUAGUGCACAAAGUUCAUUUUGCACUGUGAAUUAUGUAUUUGUGACCGAACCUCAAGGCUAGACCCAAAAGGUUAAAUGGGGAAAAAACGUUCAUUGUGUAAAUGAAAACCAUGUAAAUACUGGACUUGUACAUUAAAAGCUCGGUGGACAAGCAAAACAAAAGUAAAGAUCAUUUUUUGCAUA